AUGGUGCAGACCGGUGUGCUUGUCGCUGCCUUGCUCGCUCUGGGUGCUGGGGGCGCCCUCAACCCCGCCUCGGCCUGGCAGGACUGUGGCGACCCUGACAGAAGAGUCGGAUACUCGGAAGAAGACGAAGUGAUGUCUUCCACUGCAGUAGGAAACAAUCUGUGGGCCGAGGGGUUCGUGCAGCCGGGGAGAGAUUUUGCAGGGAUCAGCGUCAAAGCCACCUUCACGCACUAUCCCACCUACAACCACCACCACAAUCACGACUCCGACAACCACAACCACAACCACGACCUCCAUCACCCCAACCACGACAACAACAACCCCAACAACGACUACAACCACGACUACCACCACCCCAACCACGACUUCCACAACCAUAACCACGACUACCACCACCCCAACCACGACUACAACCACCCCAACCACGACUACAACCACCCCAACCACGACUACAACCACCCCAACCACGACUACAACCACCCCAACCACGACUACAACCACCCCAACCACGACUACAACCACCCCAACCACGACUACCACCACCCCAACCACGACUACCACCACCCCAACCACGACUACCACCACCCCAACCACGACAACCACCACCCCAACCACGACUACCACCACCCCAACCACGACUACCACCACCCCAACCACGACUACCACCAUCCCAACCACGAUUACCACCACCCCAACAACGACUACCACCACCCCAACCACGACUACCACCACCCCAACCACUACGGAAAAGACAUCAACAACCACAGCCACAGAUCCCUUCCCGUCCCCUGCGUCAUCUCCGUCUUCGUCUCCGUCGGUGGUGCUGCUGAUAGUGGUGGCGGUGGUGGCGGUGGUGAUAUUCCUGGUGAUAGUGGUGAUAGUGGUGGUGGUGGUCUGCCGCAGGCGACGAAGACGCAGAUCAGCGGCAUCACGCAUGGGGGUCCAGUAUCAUCACCAGCCUGACCCACCCACACCCACACAAGACCAUGUCAUCGAGAACAACCUGUAUGAACCACUCGGAGGCCUCGUAAACCCCACCAGAGCCAGGGAUGACCAGCAACAAGUAUACGUCGUGGAGAACAACCUGUAUGAACCUC